CCCCCGGCACGUCAGAGGACCAGCGAGCCACCCUGAAGGAGCAGCAGAGCCGAGUGUUUGGCACUGUGGGCUGAGGACCGGCUUGGAAGAGGACUACUGAGUAGACAGAGAGAGGACGACCUGACCCGACCCAACCUCAGCAACCACCGGCAUGGCGACGGCAAGCACCUCAGGGCUCAGCAGGAAAAAGAAGAACCCUGGUCUCAUGGACCAGAUUACAAAGUUCUUUGGAGGAGACAAAAAGAAAAGGAGCAAGGGUUCGUUCCGGGGUCACCUGGCCACCUCACCCCAGCAAUCCUCCGCUCGCCGCCGGACCAAUGAAAAUGCUGUGGUGCAUUUCUUCAGGAGCUUUGUGUCCUCUCCUCGUCCUAAAUCCAGGUGGAGAGACGCCCUGGGCUUGGCCUCGUCACCGCGUGCCGAGAGCGCAAAGUCGCCGGUCAGGAGACGCAGAGACCAAAGCACACUGUCCAAGAUCUUCAACCUGUGAUGCUCUCACCAGAGACCAGGAGAAACCAAGUCCCGUCCACCCCCAAAACGCUGGAGCACCAUCUUCUAAGCUCUCCACUGAGGACCAGGCCGCAGAUCCGACGCCAACGCCGACGGGACAAGAUGAAGGAGGGGACCAAGCGGCGGACUCACAACCUCAAGAAAUGCUAACCCACUAACACAAACCCUCCUGUGUGUUUCGACGGUGACAUUGACAGAGUGUAAAAAAAAUCCACACUCCAGGGUUUGCAAGUUGUCACCAGGCCUGUCUCUGUUCUAAUCCUACUUCCACGGAUAUAGCUCGUCUCGCUGUUUAGAAGAGGUUUGGUCAUGCUUUUAGUAAAACAUCCCCCAUCCCUACGAGUAUAUUGGUCCGAUGGUGCUAGUGUCCAGCUGUCCCCGGCAGAUGUUUGCUUUUUCUAUUUGUCUCCCGUCAUGUGCGUUUUGUAGACGAGUGGCACGUUUGUGUGUCUCGCUGCUUUCUAGAAACCCAACUCACAUCCCAAAUUCCACACGUGAAACCCUAAGCGGAGAGUGGUCUGUUUGUGCUCGAGUGGAACGUUUGUCGCAAAGCAUUUGAAAACACAACUGGAAACCUGCAGUAUAUGAACUCUAAUAUUAUCUGUAUUUGUUUCAUUGUGCCUUAGUGUAAUUAAUGAAGAUGUACAGUAUGAUGUCAUUCCAAAAACAAAUGAAUAAAAAUGCCCUUUUCAAAUGCACUGUUCCAUAACCAAAGAACGCUCUCUUUUCUAUACUGUAUCUUUUGCAUGGAUCUCGUUUAUUGUGAGUUAUCUGGUUGCAUCUUAAAUUAGGUUUGAAGUUUUAACGACAGACACCAGUUGGGUUUAUCUGAUGGUCAGACAGUAAGUGGUUCAAAGGUUGAAAGCAGAAGCACCCGAGGUGGAAGGAGGAGUACUGAAUGUUGAAUUAAAAUGUCCUGAUGCGUAGUUUCAUUUUGUUCUUGAUAAAUGACAUCGCCACUCUCAUUUGUACAUGCUCUGUUUGUAUGUUCACUUUAACGGGAUGGUCAGUACUGUAAAAGUGUUGUUUUUUUGCUGAUGUGGUGUUGCUACAGGACUGUUAUGUUUCCUUUGUUCAGCCUAACUAAAAAUAAACAUGUUACUUCUUCUCUCAGCUAUUAAAUGUUUUGAAAUCUGA